AUGUUAAAGGCAGUUCUGAAAAAGAGCCGAGAGGGUGGAAAAGGAAACAAGAAAGAACCAGCAGGUGACUCCUGCCCAGAAAAUGCCUUACAGGUUAUUGCAACAUCCGGCCCCACUGCCGAUUUUCCCAUUGGCAACCAGUCCGUCUCGGAGGAUGUUUAUAGAAUGAACUUGGCCAAAGGAGUCUCCAUGUCUUUGCCAUCUUCACCUUUGCUCCCACGACAGUGUUACCUGAUGCAGUCAAGAUCAAACAAAAAGUCCCCAGGUCCGAUCAGGAAGCUCAAGUAUGUGGAAAGUCCUAGAGUGCCAGGUGAGGCAGUGCCACCACUGAGAAAAGGGUCAGAGCAAGGAGAAACCAAUUCAAAUGCAAAGCCUGACAAAGACGCAAGCUGUUCUCCUGCAGCACAAGAACUGAUGACAAGAUUGGGUUUUUUACUGGGAGAAGGGAUCCCAACCUCUGCACAUAUAGAAGAGAAAAAUAAAGCCAUGUGUACAGUAGCCAUUCAAGGAGUCAGUCCCUGCUCUACCCUCACAAGCAGCACUACUUCACCUAGCACUGAUAGUCCCUGCUCAACUCUCAAUAGCAGUAUUGACAAAAGAGCAACCCACAAAAGUAGUCCCUGUGGAACCAUUAGCAGCCCUAGCUCCACCCUGGAGAGCAAGGACAGUGGAAUUAUAGCAACCAUAACGAGUUCAUCAGAGAAUGAUGAUCGCAGUGGAUCCAGUUUGGAGUGGAGUAAGGAUGGGAGUCUCAGAGCAGGAGCACAGCAGGGGGCCCUUCACGAUCGAAGAACAGAUAGUUGUUCACCUGUUGCAGAGGAGGAGACAGCUGCAUCUGCUGAGAAUUUACCAAAAGAAGUGCCUGCAGGAGAGGGCCUGAUUCCCUUUGUGCAGAACUCUAGCUCUUUAAUAAUGCCUCGUCCAAACUCUGUCGCAGCAACAAGUUCAACCAAAUUGGAAGAUCUGAGUUACUUGGAUGGACAAAGAAACGUUCCUUUACGCACCUCAAUUCGCUUACCGUGGCACAAUACCGCCGGGGGCAGAGGGCAACAGGAGAUUAAAGGACGUUUCGUUCCGUAUAAGCCUCAAGACAUUUUGCUGAAGCCACUCUUGUUUGAAGUGCCAAGCAUAACUACGGAUUCGGUGUUCGUCGGAAGAGAAUGGCUUUUUGAAGUGAUUGAAGAAAAGCUGAAGAGUACAGAUCCGACAGAGAACAGGGGAGCAGUUAUUACUGGAAAUGUGGGAUUUGGGAAGACUGCUGUUAUUUCACGGCUGGUAGCACUUAGCUGCCAUGGAAGUCGCAUGAGACAAAUAGCUUCAAAUAGUCCUAAUUCAUCCCCCAAAAGUGGUGACUCCUGUCAGGAGAUUCCCCUAAGUCAGUUACCCCUAUCUGCUCCUUCAAAUGGAACCAACACAACGAAGACUCCGAAUUGUCCUGGAAAUCCUGAACACCAAAAUAAAAUGGAGGAUUCUGUGAGACGUCUUGCUUCAAAGGUUGUUGCUUAUCACUACUGCCAGGCUGACAACACAUAUACGUGUCUUGUCCCAGAAUUCGUGCACAGUGUUGCAGCUCUCCUUUGUCGUUCAAGUCGAUUAACAGCGUAUAGAGAUCUCCUAAUAAAAGAACCUCACUUACAGAACAUGCUUAGCCUGAGAUCCUGUGUCCAAGAUCCGGCAGCAGCAUUUAGAAGGGGAGUCUUGGAACCGCUCUCAAGCCUCAGGAAAGAGAAGAAAAUUCCUGAGGAAGAAUACAUAAUUUUGAUAGAUGGCUUAAAUGAUGCUGAAUUUCAUAAACCUGAUUAUGGUGAUACACUUUCUUCAUUUAUCACAAACAUAAUUUUGAAAUUUCCUCCUUGGCUGAAGCUUAUUGUGACUGUAAGAACCAACUUUCAGGAAAUAACAAGUUCACUACCAUUUAUCAGAGUAUCCCUGGACAAUUUUCCAGACAACAAAGAAAUCUAUGGUGACUUGAGUGCUUAUAUUCAGUACAGGAUUAACAACAGUCAAGAAAUUAUAAACAAUAUAUCUUUAAAUGGAAAAGCUGAUGCAGCCAUUAUUGGGAAAGUGAGUAACCACUUGAUCAUGAGAAGCCUGGGAUCUUACCUCUAUUUGAAGUUGACACUGGAUCUUUUCCAAAAAGGUCACCUGGUGAUCAAAAGUGCAAGCUACAAGGUAGUUCCUGUGUCUUUAUCAGAACUGUAUUUACUUCAGUGCAACAUGAAGUUCAUGACAAAUUCCGCUUUUGAGCGAGCCCUGCCUAUAUUAAAUGUGGCACUAGCAUCCCUACAUCCCAUGACAGAUGACCAGAUUUUCCAAGCUAUUAAUGCAGGCCAAAUAAGUGGUGAACAGCAGUGGGAAGACUUCAGCCAGAGGAUAGAGACUCUCUCAUGUUUCCUGAUCAAGAGACGUGACAAAACGCGUAUGUUCUGCCAUCCUUCCUUCAGGGAAUGGCUUGUUUGGAGAGCAGACGGUGAAAACACUGACUUCCUGUGUGAGCCAAGGAAUGGACAUGCUCUGCUGGCUUUCAUGUUUUCUCGACAGGAGGGGAAGUUAAACCGCCAGCAAACUAUGGAGCUUGGUCAUCAUAUACUUAAAGCUCACAUUUUUAAGGGUUUCAGUAAAAAGACUGGAAUUUCUUCCAGUCAUCUUCAAGCCCUGUGGAUCGGGUAUAGUACUGAUGGACUAUCUACAGCCCUUGCUUCUCUGAGAAAUAUCUAUACACCCAAUGUGAAGGUGAGUCGUCUGCUGAUCCUGGCAGGAGCGAACGUGAAUUACAGGACAGAAGUACUAAAUAAUGCUCCAGUUCUGUGUGUUCAGUCACACCUUGGACAUGAAGAAAUGGUCACUCUUUUACUAGAAUUUGGAGCUGCUAUUGAUGGACCUUCAGAAAGUGGAAUGACCCCCCUUAGCUACGCAGCAGCUGCAGGUCACAUGAACAUAGUGUCGCUGCUGUGCAAAAAGGGUGCAAAGGCUGACUGCAUAGACAAGAAAGGCCAGUGUGCGUUGAUCCAUAGUGCACUCAGAGGGCAUCGUGAUAUUCUUGAGUACUUGCUCCAUGCUAUUUGGAUAACUCCUUCCCAAGAACAAAAUUCACUGAGAAAAUGCCAAGUGCUGCAGCAAGCAUUGACGGCAGCUUCCAGUAUGGGACACUCCCAGGUGGUUUGUUACCUUCUGGCAAUUGAAAAGGGACAUGAAAUUGAUAUCAACGACACUGAUGUGCUGUGGGGAGAGACAGCCCUGACAGCUGCUGCAGGACGAGGAAAACUGGAAGUCUGUGAAUUGCUGCUUGAAAACGGAGCUGUUGUGACAAAAGCGAACAGGAGGGGGGUGCCCCCGCUUUUCUGUGCGGUUCGGCAGGGUCACUGGCAGAUAGCUAAACUUCUGCUGGAGCACGGCUCUGAUGUGAACUCAAGUGACAAGCAAGGCAGGACACCGCUUAUGGUGGCCUCUUGUGAAGGACAUUUGAGCACUGUGGAAUUUCUGUUUUCUGAAGGUGCAGCUAUUUCAUCUCUGGACAAAGAAGGACUGACAGCUUUGAGCUGGGCAUGUCUAAAAGGACACAGGGAAGUGGUUCAGUAUUUAGUUGAAAAAGGUGCUGCAAUUGAUCAGAUGGACAAAAAUGGACGAACACCCUUAGACCUGGCAGCCUUUUAUGGAGAUGCUGAUAUUGUGCAGUAUUUGGUAGAGCAGGGAGCAGUGAUUGAGCACGUGGACCACAGCGGCAUGCGGCCACUGGACAGAGCUAUUGGAUGUCGAAAUACGGCAGUAGUGGUUAUGUUGCUGAGAAAAGGAGCUAAAUUAGGAAAUGCAGCAUGGGCAAUGGCAACCUCAAAACCUGAUAUUCUCAUCAUUCUGCUGCAGAAACUGAUGGAAGAAGGAAACUUACUGUACAAAAAAGGCAAGAUGAAGGAAGCAGCCCAGCGCUAUCAGUAUGCAUUGAGGAAGUUCCCACGAGAGGGCUUUGGAGAAGAACUGAAAGCUUUCAAUGACCUGAGAGUUUCAUUAUACUUAAAUUUGUCACGAUGUCGCCGGAAAACAAAUGACUUUGGUCUGGCUGAAGAGUUUGCUACCAAAGCAUUGGAUCUGAAACCAAGGUCUUAUGAAGCCUAUUAUGCUAGAGCAAGAGCCAAGAGGAACAGCAGAAAGCUCCACGCCGCCCUUGCUGACUUACGUGAGGCCACGAAGCUGUGUCCCACCAACCAAGAGAUAAAGCGCCUGCUGGCUCGAGUGGAGGAUGAGUGCAAGCAGCUCCAGAGAGCACAGCAGCAGAGGCGCCAGUCCCCACAGCUGGGACAGCCCAGUAACAGCUCCGAAAAUGAGGAGGAGGGUGUUACGCAAGGGGUGAAUCAUAACUUUAGUCCUCAGGAGAGAACAGAAGAAUCACCACACUGUGGCAUGUCUGCUUCCUCUCCACAAAGGCUGGAACGUCCUUCGGCUGCCUCGUCCUUCACCAGGACCCUUCAGGAAAGUGCUCAGCAGAAAGCUAGGCCUGCGUCCCCACCAGGCAGAGCAGGCAGUAAGUACCUGAGGGAGCCAGGCCUUAUCCUGCAGCCAACCAAGCAGGCACAGAUCGUGAAAACUAAUCAGCACUUGAGUUCUAUUCAGCCUGUGUCAAAACCUGGAACCAGUCAGUGUAAUCCAAGGUCAUCUUGUCAGCAUCUUCCCCAGACUCCUUUGCCAGUACAGCACCCUGGAAACCUCUACGGCAACAAAAUUGAGCAUCUGGAUGAUUCAAGCACGUUGCCACCUGGGAGUGUUGCCAGUGGUGGCAGUGCUGGUCUGUGCGAUGAGCUGUGCAAGUCCAGCCAGUGUCCCCACCUGCAGCACGGUGAGAGUCUCUCUUCUCAUCCUUCCACAAGUAAGUCUAAAGCUGCUGACAGGUCAACAGCUCCUGCUCCAGGCAGUUUCAGUGAAGCAAGACAGCAAACUCCUGUAGCUAGUGGUGUGUCUCUCAGUUCUCCAUGCAGCAGUUUGAUUCUUGCCAGUUCAACCAGCAGCUUAAGUUCGGUAGGCAGUUUUACAGAGAGCAUGAAGGGACUGGGGCCAGAUACUCAAACCAAGGAGAAUAAAGUAAAUCAAGUUCAGGGUCCUGCUGCCGAACACAGACCUCGCAACACACCCUUUAUGGGAAUCAUGGAUAAAACUGCAAGAUUUCAGCAGCAGAACAACCAAUCCAAUCGCACUUGGCAUUCUCAGGCAACAGAAGGAUUAACGAAUGCUGGUUCCAGCAGCCUUCAGCCCUCAAAUUUUGAGCAUUACCCAGUCAAACAUUAUCAAGCUAAAACCUUCUUCAGCGGCGUCACUGCAGGUGACAGCAUCCAGAACGGUGUGCAAGGUCGUGAGCAGGGUGGGUGCCCGAUGGAGAACAGAGCAGCCGGACCAGCUCCGGCCGGGCAUGCGGAGCCGCCGCCCAAGCCACAGGCUCACGGCGGUAGGGAAGGCCAUCCGGCCACAGCUACCAAACCAAAGCGCUCGUUCAUCGAAUCCAAUGUGUAAAUACCCUUGGGAAUGAUACACAUCUGUAAAACUUAGCUCACACCAUCAGAGCGUUACUUCUGCCUAAAAUACUGACCGGCCCUUCCUGCGUUUGAGGAUGAAGUCAGUGCUGGCCAGGAUUUAGUGGCAUACCAGCACUUCAAGCUGUUCACACCACCCCAGGAGAGUCAUAGGAACUGGAGGAGCAAAUCGUGUCGACUCAGCUGGGAUCAUCAGCCAACAAAAUGGGACCUCGAGUGGGAGAAGUCCUGCAACUUUACCCUUAAUAUGUGGCUCCUCUAAUCCAGAGUUUUAAUCUUGGCUUUUGGUUGUCUUACAUCUCAUCACUUAUAUAAUAAUUGUGCCUCUAAAAUACAUAAGUGCUUGACUCUCAAAACAGUAUUAAGAAAACUGUCUGCUGCAUAACAUUCAGCUCUGUACAUGUAUGUUUUUUAGUCAAAGAUAGUAUUUUAUCACUUUUCUAAUGGAAUCUAAUUUGGAUUGCAUGAUGUACAUUUAAGAACCUUAAAUAUGUGAAUGAGUAAACUACAAGCAGUCAUAUUUUGACAUGUGACUAACCUUCUAGUAACUAUAAGGAAAAAAAAAAAUAAGCAGUGACAUUUGCAUGUGCAUUGAAAGGCUUUGACCAUAUUGGUUAUUGCACUGAGUAACACACUAGUAUGGCAUGUUAACAGUAACCGCACUUUACAUAGUUUAUCUACUCACCUUUGGGUGCUUCCUUAAAGGAAAAUAUUUUGGCUUUUUUCAUGGGGAAAAAAAGGUACAGGAAUGAAAUGCUUAUAAAGCAUUUGUAUAGGAAAUCCAGGGAAUCGAUGCAGUGAGGAUGAAAGUUUGAGGAAAAGUUUCUGUGCAUUUGUUUUUUAGGACAAAGUUGUGAAGUAUUUUUCAGAGUAAGAAAGGUUUUAUAUUUGCAAUACUCUUCUGAAAAGAACCAGAUGUAGUGACAUUCCUAUGAGUGAAAUUAGGUUGGGACGAUCAGCUCAAUGUUUUCAGUCACUUUUCUAUUCUCAUUUGUGUACAGUGUUGUGUAUACAUUGUAAACUGCCUUAUAUCCAUUCUUAUAAGUUUCUUGUUGAGUUUGCAUUAUUAUGCUUUAGCUUAUUUAUUUUUUACUGUUUCUUUGAUAUUUUGUACCAGUCUUAUUAUUCUUGUCCCGUAGUUCUGUUUUUGCACAACUACUGUAUUUUUUCCAUACAAAAUAAAAAUUAUUAAUAUAGUUGUGGGAUGAGGUGCACUGACAGUUACAGGAAAAAUCAUCUCUGCAUGUAUGCUUAGUAACAUAGAAAAAGGACUUUUUUUGUAUUUUAAAUA